AUGUUAUUCUCUUCGAGAAUUCCCCAUACUAGGGUCAACAGCCACGAAAUUAAAUUUCACUACUUACCUAAACCCUAUGGUUGCGAUCUCAGACAAAUUCAGUUCGCACCGCAGUUUCAAUUUAUCAUUGCUCCAGUGGAUGUUAUGAACAAAGGCAUAUACCGAUCUUUAGUCUUACCAGGCCGCUGGUCUGUGAGCAGAAGCACAUUCUCGGCACCUUCUAGAUCUCAUAUCCUCGCUGGUGUCUUUCAAUUGAGACAUUAUUCUUAUCAAAAACAACACAAUUACGAACACUCAUGGAGCAAUCCUAAAAAAAGCCAUUGGUUCAUCCCAUUGGGUGUGAUUGGAGCUUCACUAACCACGGGGUACUCUGUCAUUGACAACGAAACAAUAAAGGUUGCCACCGAUACAAGUAUACAUGGACUUACUCCCGACGAAAAUGCCGAUACUUUUGAAAGUGGACUCUUUCAGGCGUCUCAAAACGAAGAAAAAGAGCAGUUUGAUGCCUAUAGGCGCGAGAGAACCACCAACAGAAACAUAUUUGCUCGAGCGCUAUACUCAUUGGGCUUUUUUCUUCACGACUACAUCUGGGAUCCGUUGGUGACGGUUGGCCGGUUUGUGGAACUCUCGGCUAUAUUUCUACCAGUACUUCUUGCGUCUCCCAUCUGCUGGUUUGGAAGGAAGGACAAGCAAACUGGUGGCCACAUUCGCAGCGGAGCCAUCAUUUGGUUCCGUUAUCUUCGUUGGAGUGCCGAACGUGCUGGCGCUUCGUUUAUCAAGUUGGGCCAAUGGGCUGCUUCGAGAACCGAUAUCUUUCCCAAGGAGAUGUGUGACGAGCUUCAGGACUUACAUUCCAAUGCCAAGGCCCACUCUUUCCACAAAACCAAGAAAAUUGUAAGUAAGAGCUUUGGCGGUAUGCCAUUUGAGGACAUUUUUGACGAGUUUGAAGAAAAGCCCCUUGGUGUUGGAGCGAUCGCUCAAGUCUACAUUGCUAAGCUUUCCAGUAAAGCGCUAGAGGCGGCACGCAAGGAGGGCGACAUGGAGAUAAAUCUUGGUCGACUGAAUCAAACGGGCCAACUUCUUGAUAGAAUCUUGGUGACCGAGCACGAAGAUCCGUUGACUUCUAAUCAAUACGUUGCAAUCAAGGUACUCCACCCUCAGGUGGAGGUGAAAAUCUUGCGUGAUUUGAAGAUCAUGCGUUUCUUUGCCAAUGCUAUCAACAUAAUUCCUACCAUGGAGUGGUUGUCGCUUCCUGACGAAGUUGAGCAAUUCUCCAUACUUAUGCGACUUCAGUUGGAUUUACGUAUUGAGGCUCUUAACCUCGCCAAGUUCAGAGCAAAUUUCCACAAAAGACUCGAUAUCCACUUUCCAAAACCUUAUAUCAACUUUAGCACCAGGGAUGUUCUCGUGGAAGAAUUUGUACAUGCCGUUCCCAUGAGCAAGUUACUAUCAUUGGACCAGAAUUUCGGCAAGAAUUUAUCCAAGGAAGUGAGUGAUAAGGGUCUUGAUGCAUUCUUGAAGAUGUUAAUCCUUGACAACUUUGUUCAUGCUGAUCUUCACCCAGGUAACAUGAUGGUGCGGUUCUAUAAGAACGAGUUGUUCAAGCACGAGAAGGAGUAUAAAAUCGUGAAAUCAAGUAAUGAACAGGAAACAAACCGCAUUACAAACGAGUUGCUAAAAUUAGGCAACGAUAACGAUGCUUGGUGUAAGAAAUUGGAGCAAUUAUAUGACGACGGUUAUCAUGCUGAGAUUUGUUUCCUUGAUGUUGGUCUUAUUACUGAACUCAACCACAGAGACAGAGUAAACUUCAUUGAUUUAUUCAAAGCCCUUUCCGAAUUCGAUGGUUACAAGGCUGGAGAAUUAAUGGCCGAGCGAUCACGUACGCCAGAAACCGUCAUUAACAAGGAGAUCUUUGCUCUCAAGGUAGAAAAGUUGGUGGAUAGGAUGAAGAAACGAACUUUCACUCUUGGAAACGUCAGUAUUGGUGACUUGUUAGAUCAGGUUUUGGGUAUGGUUCGUACCCACCACGUUAGAAUGGAAGGAGAUUUUAUCACAGUUAUCGUGGCCAUACUUUUGCUUGAGGGUAUAGGUCGCCAGUUGGAUCCAGAAUUGGACUUAUUUGCAAGGUUCGUAUACGCCCUAAUGUUUGGCUUUCCUACUGCAAAUUCAAUUUACUAA